UUACGUGCAGCGUGGAAGUAGAUGCCAGUGCCAGACUGCAGUCAUUGUAUUCUGUUAAUUGAAUGCCUUGAGAGGAAACAGUUUGAUCAGUAGAACCCUAGAAGAUAACAUGGCAGAAGCUACAGGCAGUAGGGCGUGUGAGUCCUGCAGUGUACUGAGCUGGGAUCAGGUGAGCCGCCUGAAUGAGGUCUUGACCAAACCCGUGCCGGUGCAUGGACGGGGCAACUUUCCCACCCUGGAGGUGCGACUGAAGGACAUUGUGCAGAUGGUCUGGAGCCGCCUGGAGCAGCGAGGAAUAAAAGUUAAGGACGUGCGUUUGAAUGGCUCCACCGCAAGCCACGUGCUGGUGCAGGACAACGGCUGGAGCUACAAGGACCUGGACGUCAUUUUCAGGGUUGACCUGCCGCAAGAGGCUGAGUUUCAGCUCAUCAAGGACGUGGUCCUGGGCACCCUGUUGGACUUUCUGCCGGAAGGGGUGAACAAGGAGAAGAUCACCCCCGUGACUCUGAAAGAGGCAUACGUGCAGAAACUGGUGAAAGUCUACACCGACCUGGACAGGUGGAGCCUGAUCUCCCUGUCCAACAACAACGGCCGCAACGUGGAGCUGAAGUUCGUGGACUCCAUCCGCCGGCAGUUCGAGUUCAGCGUGGACUCCUUCCAGAUAAUCUUGGACACUCUGCUCUCUUACUACGAAGUGUCGGAGAACCCCAUGUCCGAGCACUUCCACCCCACCGUGGUCGGGGAGAGCGUUUACGGCGACUUUGGCGCGGCGCUGGACCACCUCAAGAACAAGCUGAUCGCCACCAAGCGGCCCGAGGAGAUCCGCGGAGGGGGCCUGCUGAAGUACUGCAACCUCCUGGUGAGGGACUUCAAGCCCACAGACGAGGAGGAGUUCAAGACCCUAGAGCGGUACAUGUGCUCCCGCUUCUUCAUCGACUUCCCAGACAUUGGGGAGCAGCAGAGGAAGCUGGAGUCCUACCUCCAGAGCCACUUCAUCGGAGAGGAGAAAAGCAAGUACGACUACCUCAUGAUCCUGCGCCGGGUCGUCAAUGAGAGUACGGUGUGCCUCAUGGGACACGAGAGGCGGCAGACACUCAACCUCAUCUCCCUGAUGGCCUUCAGGGUGCUAGCGGAGCAGAAUGCCAUUCCAGACGCCUCCAGUGUCACCUGUUACUACCAGCCGGCCCCCUAUGUCAGAGACCUGAAUUUCAGUAACUACUAUGUGGCAUCGUGCAACCAGUCUAUUCCAACAUGGCUGCCGUGUAACUGAUGGACUGACCUGAAAGGACACUGACUCAAUAAAAGGGCAGAGAAUCACAAAUCUGGUAUGUUACUCUGUAGAUAUAAAUGAAAUGUUUAAGAAAAGUUUUUUUUU